UCACCUGACAAAGAUGGCUGCUGGUAGGGUGCGAGCUUAUGGUGCCUGUGUCAGGUGUUCAUUAUUAAAAAUGUAAAAGUACAGUUCAAGUAUAUAUGUACUAUUAUUAUUUUUGUAACAACGUUAAAACAUCGCAUGUAUGAUUCGGUUUAGCAGAAAACUACUGUAAACCAUGUUGAAGUGGUUCUCUAAUGAUGAAUCUGGCCCAAAUCAGGGAGCUGUGGUGGCCCAGGAAGGCUCCAGCAGUCAGUCCAUGGCUGAGAUGACUGAGCAGCUGGCACAGACACAGCAGCUUGUUACACAGCUGAAAGAACUCAUCCGGGAGAAAGACAACAUCCUGCAAACCAAAGAUGAACAGUUUAAGGCAGAAAAGGAUGCCUAUGAGGCCAAACUGUCAAAAAUGAGGCUCCAAAACCGAGCGAAGGUCACCUCUCUGAAUUCUCAACUGGAAGAUCUGAAGAAGCAGCUUAGCCUUUCUGAGGGGCAGGACACCAAGUCAGCCAUUAAAAAGGGUAGCAAUGAUGGUGAUCAGGAGCAUGCAACUGCAAGCCGGGGGAAGAUCCUCCUCCUCAGGAAGAAAGUGGAAGAAUUGGAACAGCAGCUUUUGCAGAGGGAGGCAGAGCUUGCGGUCAAGACCCAGGAGCUAGAGGCUCAGCGCCAGCGAGGUGCAGAGAUGGACACCAUGCUGGCAGAGAAGAACAGGAAGCUAGCAGAGAAGGAAGCCUACAUUGUGGAUCUUCAGAUGUCUGUGGGAGGAGAGAACUCCAGAGUCGGCUCAAAAUCGGUGAUAGAACAAAAGGUACAGCCAGAAGAGGAAAGCAGUUCUCUGCAGGAGCUCCAGCUACUGGUACAGAACCUCACCAAGAAAGUUGGAGAGAGUGAGGAGAAGUACAGCCUUCUGCAGGAACAAACAGAGAGUCUCAAGGAGCUAUUGGUGAAGGAGAAGACCCAGUUUGAGGAGAAAGAGAAUAUGUACAAGCAAAAUAUUCAAACAUUUAAAGAUAUAAUUCUCCAAAAGGACAACAAACUAACUGAAAUAAACCAGAUGCAUGAACAGGAGCUCUUCAGAUUGGCUGCUAAGUCUGAUGCCAGUGCUGAUCUAGAACAGCUGCUGAAAGCCCUGAAACAGAAACUGCAUGAGAAGGAGGAAGUGUUACUGGGAAAAACUCAGGUUAUUGAUGUUCUACAGAAGGAGGUGGAUUGCAGAGAUGAGCAAAUAAAGGAGUUGGCAGAGAAGCUGAAACGCUUGCAGAAUGAGAAGGACAACAUGCAGUCAAAGCUUGAUGCUGAGAAGCAUGUGAUGCGGGCUCAGCUGCGGGACCUGAUGCAAAAACAUGAAACGGAGAUGCAGCAGGCUACCGAGAAGCAUGAGAGUGAGCUGUCAGAGAAGGAGCAGUCACUCCGAAGGCAACUGGAUGAGCUCCAGAGGAGCCUGACAGCUUCACAGGCACAAGGGCAGCCCAGGAUGGCCCCCACAGACAUUCCUGUGGACACAGAUGCUGCGCAGAAGUUGCUUGAACUAGAAGCACAAGUAAAGCACAAAACAGAUGAAGCCAGCAAGUCUGAAUCCAAGUUUCUAAAGAUGAAAGCGUGGUCAAAAUCUCGCAUCAAACAGCUAGAGGAUGAGCUAAGGAAGUUCCAGUCUGGAAGCACUGGCCCCGAUGUGAUUGCAUUGCAGAGCCGCAUCACUGAUCUGGAGGAAGAGCGACAGGAGAUUCUAGUUAAACUGGACCACUAUGAAGAGCUAAAGGAGAAAAAUGAUAAGCUAAUAGCAAAGCUUGAGGUCUAUGAAGAGCAACAGCGCAAGAUGCAAGCUGACUUGGAGCAGGUUACCAAGCGAGCUGCCUCUCAGACAAGUGAGUCUGGCAGUGCAGAUGACCUGCAGAGUCAGAUGCUUGAGUGGCAGGAUAUGCUGCUGGAGGCAGAGGCAGCGCGUGACCAGGCCCGAGAGGAAAAGGCAGCGAUGGCCCUGAGAAUGAGCCACAUUGAAGAGGAGCGGGAAGGACUGAUUGAGGAUGACUGGUUCUUUCCUGGCUGCUCCGAUCCAGCGCUGGCCAGUCGGCAGCAGGAGUUGGAGGAGGAGCUGGUGCAGGCCCGAGGGCUCCGGCAAGAGAAGGGCAAGAAGCCGGUGGGCACCGCUGCCCGCAGUCUGCAGGAGGAUUUUCAGUUUGAUGGGAAGCAGUCAUACAACCAGCCCAAGAACACUUUAGAGAGCACUACCUCCGCAGAGGGAGAGAACAUGGGAGGUUGGUGGCCAGAGUACAGUACCCCUGAUACAGGGCUGCGGUCAGUGGUAGAGGAACUGGAGCUGGAGAGGAACCAGCUGCAGGAGCAGAUCCUAGGCCUGGAGGAGCGCUGUCAGGAUCUGGAGGACCGGCUGCAGUUGCAGGCACGCAUCGAGUCCCUGCAGACAGAGACAGAGCGGCUGCAGGCACAGCUGUCUAACCUUCGCACCCAGCAGAGCCGGGAAGCAGAGAAGCACCAGCUGUUGGUUAACAGCCUCAAUGAGCAGUUGAAGGGUUUGAGCGAAACACAGGAAUGCCUAGAGACCUCACUCAUGGAGAAAGAGCAGAUGUUAGCAAAAACAUCAGAGAAACUGGAGCUCAUCGAUAGUCUCAAAGAGGCUUUAAAGGAAAAGGAGACUCAUCACAAGGAGGUUGCUGAGAAACUGCUUCAAGCUGAACUCAAUCUCUCUGAAGUCACAAAGAAAUGCAGUGCCUAUGAAAAGCAAUGUUCUGACUUGCAGAAGUCCAUCACAGAAGUUACUCAGAAGCUAAAUUUACUGAAAGAGAAGACACUGAAACAAGAAGCCACGAUAGCCUCACUGCAGCGAGACCUAGAGCAAACCAAUGAUGAGCUUGAUAAGUUAAACUCCACCCAUUUGGAAGAAAGGGCUCAGUUAAUUCAUGAUCUUCAGAGCUGCGAACGAGAAAUUGAUAGUCUUAAGGAAAUUGUGGCUGACAAAGACAAGGAGCUCACUGUCUUGUCUAACAACAUGACUGAAUAUGCUGAGCAAAUUCUUGAGCUAAAACGGGAGAUCAAACAUAAAGAAGAUGAUCUUGUACAUCUAGAAGCAGCUUUGGCAAAAGCUGAGCGGGAAUCUCAGAUCAUUCGAGAGCACCAGUCCUCUGACCAGCAAGCCUUAAACACCAAGAUCACAAAUUUGACAGAGCAGCUUAAAACCAUAGAGAGUGAACUAAGUAAAGCAAAGGAACAAAGAGACUUGAAGGUGAAGGAAGCUGAGGAUUUGACAAUACAAUUUCAAGAAGAUAACCACACUAUCCAAAAGCUCCGUGGGGAAAUUCAGAAGCUGAGUGUGAGCCAUCGUAGUCACCUUUUGGAGUGUGAGUCUCAGAUUUCCUCCCUGAAGGAACUUGUGGCAGUGUCCUCUCAAAAAUUACAGGAAUCGGAGAAUUUACUUUCCCAAAUGAAGGAAAAAAAUGCUUCAAAUGAGAAGCUAAAAGCCAUGCUGCAGGAUAAAGAGCAGAUAUAUGAGAAAGAACUGAAAACUCUUAAGGAAGAAUGGAUUCAUCUUCUUGCAGAAGCUGCUAUAAGCACGAGUGAGCUGACUGUAUUAACCAAGGAACUUGAGGAGCAUAAGAAGCACAAGGAACAGGAUGAAAUGGUAAUAGCAGAGAAAUUGGAAAUGAUAUCUUUGCUGGAACAGAAGCUCAGGUGCACUCAGGAAGAAGCUGAAUCUCAAAAAGUGAAACUCAAUGAAGAGUUGGAAGCAAGAGAUUCUGAAAAUAAAAGGUUAGGAGAGGAACUUCAUGGUAAAUGUGAAAUCAUAGCAAAACUAGAAAGUAAUGUGAAAAAUCUUGACAGUGCGAAUGAGCAGCUUAAGGCUGCUUUUGAAAAGAAACAGCAAGAACUCUGGGAACAGAAGAAUCUUUUUAGUGAUUUAAAUGUAAAGAAUUCUCUAACUCUUGAGAAAAUUGCUAACUUACAGUCUCAAGUUACUAACCUUACAGAAGAAAAUGAGAAACUGCAUAAGGAAACAACUUGUAAAGACAAAGCUGUUUUGGAGUUAGCAGAGGAGAGGAAAGCACUACAGAGUGAAAUAUCUGGAUUUGAACUCCAACAUUCAGAAAACCAAAAAAUUAUCAAAGACCUACUGAAAGAUAAAGAAGCCUUGACAGUGAAGGCAGAUGAACUCAGUAAGGUCCUUGAGCAGAACAAAAAUUCUCUGUGUGAGAGUUUGCUGGAGAAAACUAAUGAAUGUGUUUAUCUCACAAAAUUACUUGAUGAAAGUAAAGACAGAAUUACACAUUUACAUAAUCAGGUUAGUUUUUUGAACACUCAGGUAGAUGAGCUCAAAGUUUGUGUCACUGAGAAAGAGAAAAUGGUUGUAGAUCAUAGUGCACAGAAUGAGAUGCUGCAAAGGCAGUUAGGGCAAGUUCAAGAGACUUUGUCUUUGCUACAGGAGCAAGAUACUGCUUUAAAAGCAGGUCUUAUGGAGAAAGACACUCUGUUGCAGCAGAGAGUGGUCGAACUGAAUUCCUUACAAAAUGAGUUUCUGCAACAGAAAGAAUUUUGGACUAAUCUGCAGAUUGACAGUGAUUCUCUCCGAAGAGAAUGCUCACAGCUGACUCAGAGUUUGGACGAAAAAGAAGAAAAACUCAGAAGUAAGACUCAGGAGUGCCAAAAGUACCAGGAUGAACUGAACAUAGCAAAUGAAUCAGUGCAUUCACUCCGUGCCCAGUUAGAUGAAGUUAAUAAAACUGCCUUAAUGCAGGAAUCUGCCCACAUGGAUAUGAAAACUAAACUUGAAAAUUACACUGCUAGUAACAGCAAACUUCAAGCCCAAAUAACUCUUUGUCAAAUUGAAAUAGAAGGUCUUCAGAAUAACACAGAGGCUUUAAAUGAGGAAAUCCAUAAACUUCAAAUUAACGUUGAGAAGAAAGAGAAAAAUCUGGAUGAACAGAAGAAGCUAGUUAGAGAUUUGAAUGAAAGAAAUGAAAUUACUCAACAGCAAAAUGCUGAAAAUAAAAAAAUAAUUCAGGCUUUAUUGAACGAAAAACAAGAAUUGACUGCAAGGAUUGAAGAGAUCAAUAAUACAGUUGAGACAAAUAAAAAUUCAUUAUCAGAGAACUUGUUGGAAAAAACAAAUGAAUGUACUCAUCUUACAAAAUUACUAAGUGAGAAUAGGGAAAAUGUAGAACAUUUACAACAUCGUAUAGAAGAACUCAAAUUCAACAUCGCUGAGAAAGAAAAAAUGAUAAUGGAUCAAAAUGCAUAUACUGUGAUGCAACAAAGCCAGCUAGCACAGCUACAAGAAACUGUAUGUCUGCUGCAGGAGCAGGGCACUGCUUUAAAGGCAGGGCUUGUGGAAAAAGACAAGCUGUUGCAACAGAAAGAAGCUGAAAUAAGUUCUUUACGAAAUGAAAUUUUACUCCAAAAAGAGCUUUAUAGUCAGUUGCAGAAAAAUAUGAACAGUGCUACAGAAAGGCAUAUGGCUGAGAACAGCAAGCUAAGAGAGGAUUUGUCUCAAAAACAGGCUGAAUUGCAAGAACUUCAGAAUCAAAUUCAGAUUUUAAAUGAGGCGAAUAGUCAGCUCAUGACAGAACGUGAAAAUGAAGCAGAAGAAGUUUUGAGAAAAUCUCAAGAGAUUUCUGAUCUCCAGUCAGAGCUAUUAAACAAAGAAAACUGUAUGAUUUCAUUGACAGAGACUCUUAAAGCUGUGCAGCCAGAGAAAGAACACUUACAUAUGUUGUUAGAGCAGAAAACUGAGUCUUUGAAUGAGCAAGAAAUAUUUAUAAAGCAAUUACAAGCCAAUUUGGUGGAGGAGAAAAGUCAGAUCAGUCAGAAAAUGGAAGUGAUCGCUGAGCUACAAUCCCAAGUCCAGGUCAUGAAACAGUUACUGCAAGAUAAAGAGAUCUCUUCAAAAGAGAGAGAGAAAGAGCUUAUUCAACUGAAAGAUAUUGUAGUAGAUGAAUCAGAACUGUUAAAAACCCAGAUUAAUUCAAACUUAGAAACUAUCACCAAUCUCCAGGUUGAAAUGGGAAGCGCAUUAGAAAAGAUUACCAGGCUAAAUACUGAAAUUGCAGAAAAAGAGGCCCAGCUGAAACAGAAAGUAGAAGAAUGUACAAGUUUAAGGGAGCGGUGUUCAGAUUUGGAGGAUAUGACUUUCCAGCUAAAAAGUAAAGUAGAUUCUUUAACAUUGGAAUCCACCACAAUCAAGGAAACUCUGAAAGAAAAAGAGCAGGCACUUGAUGAACGUCACAAUACUUCCCUUGCACACAGCGAAAUUUUGGAAAGGAAUUUUAAAGCCAAAGACAUAGAAUGUGAAAACUUAAAAGAACAAGUUUCUGCAAUGCAAGAAUCCAUUUACAAGCUGAAAGAGAAUCUGACUGCUCAUUUAUCUGAAAUUGCAGAAUUCAGAGAAGCGCUUGCAGAGAAAGAUUCUAGAGCUCUCGAGCAAGUGAAAGCACUACAGGACCUUCAGAAAAAAGCUGAUGAAGCAGUUCUUUUCAAAACUCAGUUGAUGGAGAAUACAGAGUUGGUAAAAAAACUGCAGAGACAGAUUGAGGUGCUCUCCUUAAACUGUGAACAACUCAGUGAAUCAGUGAAAGAGAAACAAAGUAUUAUUUCAAAUCUUCAAGAGAAAUAUGGUGCCCAUGUUGAAGAGUUAAGUGAAGUUAAAAAGCUGCUCUCACAAAAAAACAAAGAGGUCUCCAGUCUCAACAAACUCCUUAAAGAUCGUAGUAGUGCAGUUAAAGAUAAAGAAAGCACUCUGGAUGUACUCCAAAGCGAGAAUGCACUGCUCAAAGGGGAACUUCUGAACACCCAAGCAUGUCUUGCUGACCUAUCAAAGCAAAAGGAGGAUGCUCUUGCUGCUCAACAAACAAAUGCUACUGCAUUAACAGUUGAGAUUGAGUGGUUAAAGGAACAACACUUACAGGCUGCUACACAAAUAAAUGCCCUGACUGAGAAUCUGGAGCAGAGAGAACUAGCUUUGUAUGAAAUCAACAGUCAGUACACAGCGAAAGUUGAACACGAAGAAUUCCUUGUUUCAGAAAUUGAGAAAGUAGAAAAGGAGAACAAGAUGUUAAGAGAGGAGAUCAGUCAGUCCACAAAAGAUGUGAAGCAGCAAUUAGAUGCAGCAAUAAGUAAAAAUGAACAUCUGAGGAAAGAAAUUGAAAUAAGUGUCUCAGAAAAAGAAGAACUUGACAGGAGUUACAACAACCAGUUGCAUAUCCUGAGAGAGGAGUUGCAACUGAAACAUCACCAGCACGUUGGCAACGUCAUGGAAGCUCUGGAGAAAAUGACAACUGAGAAGGAGCAUCUACAGGUGCAGGUUAGUGCAAAGACUGAAGAAAUCACAGAAUUAAAAUUAGACAUGCAGAAAAUGACACAAACUCUACAAGAGUCUGAAAAAGAAUGGUUGUCAGUCCUUGAUAGGGAAAUUAAGGAAAAAAAUGUUAUCAGUGAACAAUUGAUGAGUGUUGAAUAUGAGAUUAAGUCAAAAGAUGCUGAAGUUCAGGCAUUACAACAAGACCUACGUAAUUUGCAGGUGAAAUGUGCAGAUGUAAUGGCAGCAUUUCAGUUAAGUUCAGAACAACUAAAACAGAAAGACUUGGAAGUAAUAGAGCUUAGCCAACAAGUCUCAGAAAGCCAAAAACAUUUAGAGGAAAUAUUUUCAGUUGUUAACAAAAAAGAAAAUGAAAUUGUUCAGCUGACUGAGACUCUUAAAGAAGAGGAAAAAAAGUCAAGGACUUUAGAGUUAGCUAAACUGUCUUGUGAUAAAGAUUUUAAAGAAUUAUCAGAAACCAUGUCUAGUAGGUUAAUUGCUUUAGAGGAAGAAAAGCAUUCUUUACAAACAAUUAUUAAUCAAAUGCAGGAAAAUCAUCAAACAAAAGUAAAGUCUUUGCCAAAUCAGGUAGGGGAAAUAACACAGUCGUUUCACCAAAAGCAGCUUGAGCUACCAGAGAGACAAUGGGUAUCCAAAAAUGAGAACCAGCAGCUUUGUUUACUACAAGAACAAGUGAGACACCUAAAAGAAGAAUUGGAAAUUAGUAGUAAACAACUUACAGAGGCAAGUAUUACCCAGUCUAGUUUUCUUAGUGAGAUCCAAAAAAAAGAAGAUACAAUUAGCUGUAUGAACAUUCAGUUAAGUCAGCAGAAGGAACUACUGGCUGCACUUAGCCAGCAGCUUAAAGAAAAAGAUGUGUCAGUCACCCAGGUCAUGGUUUCAGCAUCAAAUGAAAUGGUGAGAUACUCAGAGGAAAAAAAUCAACUCCUAUCACAGCUUGAAAGUCUGGAGAAUGCUAACAAUUCUUCUGUCAAAGAACUUGAAAAUGUCUGCACACAACUGCAGGAAAGCAAAGCCCAAGUAUGUUUGUAUCAGAAACAAAUACAAGCAAAGGAUUCUGAAAAUAAGGAGUUAAUUGAGGAAAAGGAUCAGCUUCAAAAGGAACAUGACAAACUUUCUAAAGAGAAGGAGUUCAUGAGAAAAAAGCUCCAAGCUGCCCUUGUAGUGAGAAAAGACCUCUUGAAGAAAAUUGAUGAGUAUGAAAAGCAGAGAAUGGAGGACGAGAAAAAAUCCAUGGAAUUUUCUGUUUUACAAGAUAAUUUGCGGGAAUUGUCAUUGGAAGCAAACAAAACUGACAAACUUGAGUCUCAGAAUAACCUACUGAAACAACAGAUACAGAAAAAAGAAGAAGAAAUCGUUGAGCUUACUCAGAUAGUUUCUGGGAAAGAUGUCCUCCUUGAAAAACUGAGUAAUGAAAUGCAGUGUUUACAAAAAAAAUUAAAUGAACAAGAGGCAAGCUUAACCAGUGCCCUAAAGUUGAUUAAUGAGAAAUCAGAAGUCCUUAACCACCUCCAGGCCAGCAUUGCUGAGAGAGAGGAAGCCUUUGAACAUGAACGCUGUGAGAUGAUGAUGCAGAUAAAUAGUAUGAAAGAGGAGAUGAGAAAGAGGGAAGACAGCGUGAAAGCUGAAGUUGCAACCUGCCUAAAUGCAAGUCUAGAAACAAAAAAUGAGCUUGCCAUGGUAAAUCAGCAGAAAGCACUUCUGGAAAAGAAGGCUCAUGCUGCUCUAGUAGCAAGGAAAGAAACCAUCAAGAAGCUUCAAGAGAAUGGAAAAAAGCAUGCUCAAGAGCUUUCUGAUUUAACAGAACAAUUUAACAACCUUUUUGAACAACAUUCUCAGCAAAGUAGCAAACUUAAUGCUAUACAGGCCAAGUACAACGAAAAGGUUGAAGAAUUAGAAAGCAUACAAAAUUCCAUUCCUAUCCUUAGGGAUGAAUUAGAUUCUGCUAAAAGACUUAUUUCUGAAAAGGAGGAAAUCCUCCAAAGUCUCAGUACAUCCUUAGCAGAAAGGGAGAACCAGGCUGAUACUUCUUCACAGAAUCAAGAACAGUUAGAAAGUCUGUCUAGGAAACUGGAAAAUAUAGAAUCUGAAAUGGCAAGUAAAGAUGCAUUACUAAAAGCAUCAGAAGAGAGUUCAGAAAAUAUUAGCAUACAGCUAGAACAGACAAGGUCUGAACUUGAAAAUGUGCAUGCUGUAGUGUUACAGAAGACACAGAUGAUAAUGAGACUGCAAGAAGAAAUUAAUAUGGUGCAGGAACAACACAACCAAGACAUGCAUAUCACUGAGAAGUACAUUGACCUUCAGAGCCAGUUUUGUAUAUCACAAGCAGAAGUUGAAGAUCUUAAACGUGCAGUGGCAGAGAAUCAUCGCCAGUCAGAGGAUUUUAAAACACUUCUUAAAGCUAAUGCUCAGAUCAAGGAAGAACUUGAAAAUGCACAUUCCAUAAUUAGAGAAAAGUCAUUUCAGCUUCAAGCAGCCCAGAACUCUUUAGAAGAAAGUCUACUUCAAUUUUGUAAAGAGAGAGAAUAUUUUAAAGCAGAACUGGAAAAAAUGGAGGCAAGAGUAAAAGAAUCACAGGUAGAGAGAGAAAGUAAUAAACUGCACAUAGAAAAAUUGCAGAAAGAGAAGGACGAUAUAAUGACAUGUCUGCAAAGUUGCAAACAUGAAGUGGUUAUGCUUCAAUCAAAGCUCUGCAUUUCAGAAAAACUAAAGGAAGAACUACUUCAAAAAAAUAUACAAAAAGACAAAGCAGAUCUUGACCUACAUUCUGGUGAAGAACAACUGAUGUCCUAUGUGAAGGAACUGGAGGCAAAUAUUAAGGAACGAGACAAUGCUUUUUUCUCUUCUCAAGAAGUAGUACUGGAAAAAGAAAAACUCAUUAUGUCUCUUGAACAGCAACUUCAAAAGGAAAUGCAUCUACAUGAGGUUGCAAUGGAACAGAUGAAAACUGCAGUUAAUGAAUUGCAGCAGAAGUCCAAAGGUGUACUUGACCCAGACAAAGCAGGGACACAAGCUGAUGAAACCAGAUCUAAUGAACAAAUAACAAAAAAACUUCAAGCAGCCUUGAUCUCCCGAAAAGAAGCCCUGAAAGAAAACCGGUCACUAAAAGAACAACUUCAGACUUUGCAGUCUGAAAAUGAAGAAUUUCGUAACUCAUCACAUCUUGUAUACCUGAGACAACAGAAAGAACAUUUGGAGAGCUCUGUAUCAUCUCUGAGCAAAGAUAAGGAGAAAUUAAUUUCAGAAGUUGAACACAUUUUGAGUGAUAACCACAACCUAUCAGCUGCCUGUGAGAGCCUUAAAUUAACAAUAGAGAAUAUCACCCAACAAAAGCAGGCCUUUUCAUGCCAGUUAGAGUCUCUGAAAGAUUCCCAGACUGUUGAGUUAUCGGAGUGGAAAUCAAAACAUACGGAAUUAAAACAGGAAUAUGAAUCACUUUUACAAGCUUAUGAGAAUGUCAGUAGCGAAAUGGAUAAAAUGCGUCAGCUCCUCGAGCUGGCCCGGAAGGAAAAGCAAGACAUAAUGUUAAAACUGCUAGAGACUGAAUCGGGAAAAACGAGAUUAGAGAACCAAGUCAGUGAGGCAAAGGAAGAAAGUGAAAAAAUGCAGUUGUUCACUGAAUCGAAAGAACAACAAAUUCAAGAACUGAAAGAAGAAAAUGAGAAGAUCAAAAGUGAGCUGCAAGAAUUUGACAAAAAACAUAAAUCAACAGUUGAAGAUCUGACUGUCAAGAAUGUGAAACUUGAAUCAGAAAUUAACAGUUUGAGAGCAUUGUCAGUGAGACUCAAAGAUAAAUUGAAUGAAUUGCAGAGUGAUAAUUAUAAUUUAGCUGAAGAACUAAAAAUAUCAAGUACUUUGGAAAAAUUGCACAGUGAAUCAAAAAGAGAUGAACUUGAUCUCCAAGUAAAACUAGAAGAAGCUAUGGAUUUAAAUUGUAUAACAACUUCUAAGAUAGAGGCUCAAAAGGUGGACCUUGUAGAUAAGAAUGAAAUGAUUGAAUCCCUACAGAAAGAAAAAUUAAAUAUUUCAGAAAAAGUGUUACAAAUGCAGAAAGACCAUGAAGCUGAAUUGGAUGAAAAAGACAAUGUGGCAGUAAAACUUCAAGAAGUGAUCAGUAGAAACAUCCAGGAAAUGAGCAAUUUGAAUGAGAAAGUCCGGAUUUUGGAAGAUGAUAAGUUUCUUUUGCAAGAAGAGCUUGAGAAUGUUCAAGAGGCUUCUGAGAAGGUAAAAAAUGAAAAUGAAUAUUUGGAAACAUUGCUCCUCAAAAAUGCAGAAAGAAUUGAUGAGUUAACAGAAACUGUCAGUGUGCUACAAACUCAGAACACAAAGCUUUCAACUGAGCUGACUAAAAGCAAGGAAGAAAAUGCCAGCUGUUGCAGAGAGAAAGAACAGCAGCAGUUGAAACUACUUAGGGAAUUUGAGGAAAAGAUGAGGGUCCUUCAGACGGGUAGUGAGGGUUCAAAAAGCAUGAAGAAGGAACUGCAAGAACUUCUGAAGGAAAAGCACCAGGAAAUCAAACAGCUUCAACAUGACUGUAUUAAAUAUCAAGAGUUAAUUCUCAACUUGGAAAGGUCUUUGAAGUCAUCUCAGUCAGACACCCAGAUAAUGGAUAAGGACAUGAAGGGAAUGAAUGAGAAGAUAUCUUGUUAUGAGGAAAAGACAAAUCAUCUUCAAGCUCAGGUAAUAUCGUAUGAAAAUCAGUUAAUUGAAGCUAGGAAAGAAAUGGCUCAAAUCAGCUCUGAAAAAGAGGAAUUAAAAGAUGAAUUGAAAAGGAAAAAUAUGGAAUCUCAGUUUAAGUUGACAGAAAAGGAGAAAGCUUUAGAAAGUGUAAUGGAACAACAAAAAGCUGUCCAUGAAGUAAAGCUGUUGGAACUUCAAAAUCAAAUUCAUGAACUACAGGGUCUUAAAGAAAGUAGUAUCAGGGAGGUGAUGGAACUGAAAAAACAAAUUGACUCCCAGGAUUUGCAGAUCAAAAGUCUUGAGAGAGAAGCUGACACAAAUUUGGCCAAGUUAACUGCUCUUUCUAUUAACCUAGAUAAUGAUGAUUUUAAGAGGGAAUGGGAAAGCAUAUUCCAAAAGACACUUCAAGAAAAAGACAAGCAACUCCUAGAACAGAGCUAUGUAGUAAAGAGACUCCUUGAAGACAUGGGGGAGAAGGAUAAGUUGAUAAAUGACCUGCAGGUAACAAGUUCAAGGCUAGAGCGGUCUUUGAAUGAAUAUGCAGUAGCAAAUACAGCUCAGCAAAGGCAGCUCUUUGUGUUAGGUGCUAGCAACACGGAACUUAGUGAAAAUGUGGAAAACUCAAAUAGGCAAAUAAAUGAACAAAAGACACUGAUGGAAAAGUUAGAACAUGACAAAGGUUUGUUGAAUACUCAGCUCAUUGACAAAGAAGAUUCAGCAUCUCAAAUACAGUCACGUUUGGAAAAGGUUGAAAAGUUGUUGGCAGAUUCAGUGUCCCAGGGCCUCUUGGUACAAACUCAAAAUGACAAACUAAAAGUUGAUCUUGAAAAACAAGAAUCAAUUUCUCUACAGCUAAAAUCACUCAUUCAUAAAAAAGACUCAGAGAUUUAUUUGUUGCUCUCCUCCAGGGAUGGGCAAAUGUCGGAUUAUAUAGAACAGUUGCAGAAGCAUCACCGGGCCCAGGUUGCAGAUUAUGAAGACAGGUUGAAUGUCCUUUAUAGUGACAAGGAAAAAGCAGAUUUGAAAUCCAGACAGUUAAAGAAUACACUGAAAACUCUACAAGUCAAACUUGAAUGCUCCCUGGAGGAGAAGGAGCAAUUGACUGCAAAGCUGGAAACUUUUAAGAGCUCUAUGACAUCCUUGCAAACUGAGAAGGAACAUUUGAUGUCUGAGUACAGAGUCCUGGAGAUGCAGCACAAGAGUGGGAUGAGAGAGAAAGUGUGUUUAGUUAAGGAGGACGUAAAUGAAAGCAAGGGCUUAAAGCAUGAGAUCAAGGCACUUCUUCACCAGAUGGAUGACUUAAAUUCAGAGAACGCCAUGCUCAAAGCACAGCUGAUCCGCUACAGGGAAGACCUCAAUCAAGUAUUGUCCCUGAAGGACAACCAGUUAAAGGAACUCCUUAAGAAACAACAGGAUUCAAUUAAAACCCUUGCAAAUCAGAAGACUUCUGUUGAACAUCAGCUCCGUGAGGCACUACAAGACCUCCAGAAAGAAAAAGAAACAUCUAAUUCAAUUCAAGCUCAGAAUUCAAAACUUGGUUCUCAGGUUCAGCAACUAGAAGCAAAUAUCUUGGUUUUGAAAACAGAGAAAGCAGAAAUGAAGGAAGGAGUGAUUUCUGAACUACAGGAGGCUGUUGCUGCCAAAUCAGCAGAAUGUAAUGACCUUCAGCAAAAAUUGCUUGCACAAAAAUUGGCCACUGAUGAUCUCAGGAAGGAUAUGCAGAAGCUAGAGCUCACAUCUGAAAAAAGCCUAGCAGAGGCCAAAGAGAAGUACAACUCUGAGCUCAGUACCUUUGAACGUGAAGUGGACCUCAUGAGAAAUGAGAGAGAGACUGCAGAGAACAGGGUGGCAGAGCUUGCUAGAGAUUUAAUGCAGACUGAACAGCUGUUGUCUGAAGCCAGAAGUCAGAUCAAGAGCUUGGAGUCUCAGAAUGAAUCCUUAGGCAAAGCCAUGGCUGCCUUGCAAGAUGAUAGAGACCAGCUGAUUGCUGAUUUUAAGGUUUUACGUAACAAGUAUGAUGAUGAACUCAGGGAGACGACAGCAAGUAUGAACAAGUUUGAAAAGCAACUUAAUGAUGCCACUUCUGACCUCAAAAGUCUCACAAAAGAGCGGUACAUUCUAGUUCAGAAACUCUCUGCCUUUGAAAGUGACGACACUUAUUCUCAACUGUCAAAGCAAAUAGAUGAGCUCUGCUGUAUAAUCUCUGAAAAAGAAAGAGAGCUCAAUAGACUGUCACAGGAGAAUGACAUGUACAGCAAGCAGAUGACUGCCUUCUCUGGUUCAAUGGCCAGUCUACAGGAUGACAGAGACAGACUAAUUCAGGAACUGGCAAAAGCUAAGAGGUUGUUUGAGUCAAGGCAAGGGACAAGUCCCACUGCAACCACACCUGUCAGCAGUGAGGAGAUAAUUAGCCUUAGGAGAAGUUUGGAUUUCCUUCAAACUGAGAGAGAUAGGCUGACAGAAGAAGUUGAAGUCCUGCAGUCCAAAAGUGUGGAACUGGCACAGUUGAGGCAGAGAUGUGAUGAACUGCAGAGGGCUUUGCAACAAACGCAGGUGUAUAAGCAAUGCACUGAGAUGGAUGUAUACACAUACCAGGCGGACCUCACCGAGCUGGACUCUGAGAAACACCAGCUGCUGAAGGAGCAGAAUAAGACUGCACUGGCUGAGAAAGAACACCUUGUAGAUGAAUGGAAGAGCUUGAGCAGCAGUAGGGCUUCCCAGCUUGUUUAUCCUGUAAAGGAAAAUCUGGCCUUGCUGGGGAAGGAAUCAUCUACUGAGCAGCUCUCUCUGCUUCUGGUGGAGCGCAGCCAGCUUCAGAGUGACCUCCAGCAUUGCCUGCAGGAAACCCACCAGCGAGAUUUGCGAUUCCAGCAGCUCAAUGCCAAGCUCCUGCAGACUCUGGAGGAGAAGAUGGCUUUGUCCUCCCAACUAAAGACAGUUUCUCAAACAUUGCGGGACACACAGCAGAACCUGGGCCAGCUUCAAAACCGCUGCUACUGGCUAGAGAGCCAGGGGCAGAUUGUUCCUGGACAGGCUUUUCAGAUACAUACUCCUGGUGCAACGGCAGUAGAAGUCCCUCCUGGAGCACCCCAGGAGCGGAAUGAGAACAUCGACAGCCAGCCAACUAGAGAGCUGAAAACCAGGCUGAUUAAGGCAGAGCAGCAGCUAGACUCCUCCCAGAAUGAUGUGACUCGGCUGACGGAAAGCUUGGCAGAAGAACGGGCCAGAAGGGAAUCAGCUGAGGAGGCUCUGAGAUUAGCUGAGGACAGAGUUAAAAGCAUGAAUACCAGUGUUUCUAGGACAAGUGCAAGAGAGUUCAUUAUUCAACUGGAGUCGGAUGAAGAGCGGGAGGCACUUAUCAUUGACCCCACUGAGAAUAUAGUCUCUCGCAAGAUGAAAAGUGGAGUACUUUUCUGCAGGCGAUGGCUGCGUGGAAGGAGUCUGUAUUGCUCAAAGCUCCUGACAUCCCGGGCCAAGUCACGCUACCUUUUCCUUGCAUACCUGUUAGCUUUGCAUAUCUUUGUCUUUAUGUGCCUCACCGGUGCCCUGUGAAAACACUAAUGCUGACCAGAGCAGACCCACAGCUCUACUGCAAGGGCUCGUGAAGAGGCAUAGAGAGAUGGGGCUAUAUGGGGCGAGCAGUCGCCCUCAGGGCCCUAUUCACUGAAUUGCCGUUAAUAAACUGCACUGAAAAAAAAUGCUGGAAGCCUUUAAUGGCGUUAUGCGACGUAUAGCACUGAAGUCAGUUGUCACCUUCCGGUGUUUCACUGUUGCUUAGUUUUUCACCUACUCUGAAGCAGAUCCUCUAUCUUAGCUUUGAAACGGUACCAAUUACACUUUUAUUCAGUGACACUAAUGGUACUGCUGUAGGUACGGUUUCUUGUGUUUUUAGCUGCUGAUUGAGCUAUGCACUACACUUUUACAGCAGUUUAAUUUAUUCAUUCACAAGCAGCCCAAUUGAUAUUCCAUCAAAAUAAUUUUACGAUUUGUGUGUAUCAGUUAUAUUGGCUUGUCUUAGUCUUUAUUGUACAUAUUGUUCACAUUGUUUACAGAUCAUUGUAUGAGUAAUUAUACAGUAUAUUUCUCUAAAGGUUUAUUAAGUUCCUACUGAGCUGUAUAUAUUGUGAUUUGAAGACGCAAUCUGUGCUACCGCUACUGAGUGCAUCUACGAUGAUUUCUAUAUAGGGUCUAUUUUUUAGGAAGUCUGGAUGAUCACUUGUAUCUUCCACCCUUCGAGAAUGUUUCCCCACCACUGGAUGUCAUUGAUAAGCAGACAUGUGCAAUACACCUGAGGGUGUCCAGACCUUCAGUCGUUUCCUCGUCAGAGACAUUAAUAAAGCUUUUUUGGGGGAAAAAA